AAUGAAUGUUACAGAGUUCAACGUGGAAAGAAAAUCUGCGAAAAGAAGACCCACACCCCCUACUGGCCCGAGCCGUCCAUUGCUGCGGGAGAGAUGAAGGUCAGAGCACCGGAGGACCAAAGGGGCAGGUCUGGAAAGGGGCGGGGCUCCUGUAAUGGGAGGAGCCAAGGCCCUGCCCCCUUUCGUAGGACGAGUCAUUUCCGUCCGCCGAGAAACAGAGAAAGAAGCCGGUGGAGUUGCGGACAGAGCGCCUCGGGCUGGACUUCCCUGGUCGCAAGUGGCAGGCCGGCGCUAGGGAUGGCCGAGGUGGAGCCCCAGGGCCGCCUGUGGCUGGAGAGCCCCCCUGGGAGUGCGCCCCCCAUCUUCCUGCCCUCGGACGGGCAAGCCCUGGUCCUCGGCCGGGGACCCUUGACCCGGGUUACCGACCGGAAGUGCUCCAGAAACCAAGGUGGGCGGGGCCGGGGCUGCAGGGGGUGUGGUCCGCUGCUGGAGCGGGAACACAGUGCAGGAAAGCUGGACGGCCGGUCCAUGGAGCUGGUCGCAGACCCUGGGACUAAGACCGUGGCAGUGAAACAGCUGGGAAUUAACCCCUCAACUGCUGGGACCCAGGAGCUGAGUCCGGGGGCAGAAGGCUCUCUGAGGGUGGGGGACACACUGUAUUUGGUCAACGGCCUCCACCCGCUAACCCUGCGCUGGGAAGAGGCCCGCACGUCUGAAUCCCAGCAAGACACUCCACCCGGCACCCCUCCGGUGGCUCCAGACGCUUCAGGGGACAUUGAACCACCGAAGAAGAAGCGGAUGUGGAAGUCAUCCUCCGGCUGGGAGAAUUUUGAGAAGCUGCUAGUGUUUACAGCACCUGGGGUGAAGCCCCGGGGCAAGGUGGCCGCCUUUGAUCUGGAUGGGACCCUCAUCACCACCCGCUCUGGGAAGGUCUUUCCCACUGGCCCCAGUGACUGGAGGAUCUUGUACCUAGAGAUUCCCCGUAAGCUCCGGGAACUGGAUGAGGAAGGCUACAAGCUGGUGAUCUUCACCAACCAGAUGGGCAUCGGGCGCGGGAAGCUGCCAGCAGAGGAGUUCAAGGCCAAGGUGGAGGCUGUGGUGGAGAAGCUGGGCCUUCCCUUUCAGGUGCUGGUGGCCACGCACGCCGGCUUGUACCGGAAGCCGGUGAUCGGCAUGUGGGACCAUCUGCGGGAGCAGGCCAACGAGGGCGUGCCCAUCUCCAUAGGGGACAGUGUCUUUGUGGGAGACGCAGCCGGACGCCCAGCCAACUGGGCCCCGGGGCGGAAGAAGAAAGACUUCUCUUGUGCGGACCGUCUGUUUGCCCUCAACCUUGGCUUGCCCUUCGCCACACCGGAGGAGUUCUUCCUGAAGUGGCCCGUCGCCAGCUUUGUGCUCCCCACCUUUGACCCGAGAACCGUCUCCCCCUCGGGGCCGCUCUACCUCCCUGAGGCCAGCUCCCUCUUGAGUCACAGCCCUGAAGUGGUGGUCGCCGUGGGAUUUCCUGGGGCUGGCAAGACCACCUUCCUGCAGGAGCAUCUCGUGUCGGCUGGCUACGUCCACGUGAACCGGGACACCCUGGGCUCAUGGCAGCGCUGCGUGACCACGUGCGAGACCGCUCUAAAGCAAAGGAAACGGGUCGUGAUCGACAACACAAACCCGGACCCUCCCACCCGGGCCAGGUACAUUAAGUGCGCCCGGGACGCAGGGGUCCCUUGCCGCUGCUUCCUCUUCGGCGCCACGCUGGAGCAGGCGCGCCACAACAACCGGUUCCGAGAGAUGACCGGCUCCUCUCACGCCCCCGUGUCCGACGUCGUCAUGUUUGGCUACAGAAAGCAGUUCGAGGCCCCGACGCUGGCGGAAGGCUUCUCGGCCAUCCUGGAAAUCCCGUUCCGGGUGAAUGUGGAACCUCCCCUCGAGCGGCUGUACCGCCAGUUCUCAGAGGGCUGAGCUGCCCCUGCCCCCCAACCCCCAAUAAAUGGUUUUCCUUUAA